AUGGGUCUAAAAUUCGUACAAGAGGGCGAAUUAUGGAUGUCCUUUCCUGAUUUUAUGAACACUUUCACACACAUAGACAUCUGUCACUUCGUCAACACCAGUAUUAUCAGUAUAAAAAGACCUGGAGUGAGGCCAUGUUUCACGGGGAGUGGACCAUCUCAGGCAGAAAUGGCGGGAAUGACUAUAACUCAUUACCUUUCUCAGCAAUCCCCAGAGAUUUAUGUCUUUGAUAUUGGAGGUGCCCAAGAUCGCGUUAUGGUGUCUCUGGAACAGCACGAUAUAAAACCAGGUCGGCAGGAACUGGGUAUUCAGCUCAAUAAUAUAGGAUUCCACAUCAUGAAGGUGGAAGAGAAUAGAAAAUUCAGGGUACACAUAGUAGGAGAGAAAGUGUUUACUUCCGAGUAUGCUAAAUCUAGAAGCGUUUUUGGGAUCAUGAUUUUACAGAAAGGUCGAUAUGUAAUAGUUCCUACCACAACUAGUUCGGAUGAACUCGGGCCAUUCAUGUUACGACUUUACACCGGAAGUUCUUCUGGGGCAAAAGAACUGACCAUGGAAUGUCCAUCCAAUGGGUGUCCUUGUGCAGCUAACUACGUAUUGGUUUCUACAGUCACCAUAGAAAGCUGCUCUGACCUCGAGAUUCCACCUAAAUCCAAAGUAAAAACAAUGGAUCCCUAUGUGAAAAUAAUAUGUGAAGGCGAAAAAGUGGAAAGUUUGACAAGAAGCAACGAUAAGAACCCGAAGUUUGGAACAAAAGCCACAUUCUACAGAAAGAAGCCUGAUGAUCCAAUCAUUGUAGAGGUAUUAUACUGA